AUGGAUGAUCUACAAGACCAAUAUGACCUUAACACUAUUGUAGCAGCACUACAGCAAAACCCUAAUGAUUUUAAGCAAACAAUGCCUAAAAUAAGUCUAUCUGACAAGUUCGACGAAUCAUGCAUGAAUUUUUGUGGGUUCUUAAACCAAAUACAUCUUAUUAUACAGCUGCAGCCACAAUGCUAUCCAAAUGAUGCAACCCAAGUUGGCUUGAUUAGAAGUCUGUUGACAGGUUCAGUCCUGUGUUUGAGGCAACUUUUGGAGAUUCAGAUAAGACAAGAACAGCCACAAACAAAAUUCGAUAAGACAGUGUUAAUUGAUCAAUUUCGAACUGGGCUUCGUGGAGACAUAAAGGAUUUACUUCUUACAAUGCCAGACCCUACCUCCCUUAAUAAUGCAAUCAUGAGAGCUGUAAGAUUAUCUACUGUCAAUCAAAUUCAAGUUCCAGAGCUGAUGCAGAUCGAUUUUGCCAGGCUGAAACCUUUGUCUGAAGAAGAGAAAAGACGACAUCAUGCCAAUAACCUAUGUUUGUAUUGUGGAGACUCAGGAUACAUAGUCAGAAGAUGCCCCAAAAAGGAUAAUAGCAGACAGCAUAGAAUCGAUGCUAUAGCUGUGACCCAAGAAACAUUAAUAGCAGUUGACUCCACUAAGGCCCUUACUUUUUUAAUAAAACUACAGUUUCCAAACAGAGCUAAUUUAUUAACCACGGCUCUAAUUGAUUCAGGAGCAUCGUCUUGUUUCCUAGAUACCACUCUGGCUCAAGAACAUUCUAUACUUAUAAUUAAAAAGCCUACACCUCUUUCAGUAAAAGUCAUUGAUGAAAGAGAAGUUGAGUUCAGGGCAGUAACUCAUGAAACAAAAUCUCUACAACUCUGGUUGCAAGACUAUAAAAAGGAACUUUCUUUUAACCUUAUACUCUCACCUUAUUAUCAUAUCAUUUUGGCAUCUGUUCCAAAGAAAUAUCAAGAAUUUAGUGACAUAUUUAGCAAAAAGGAGAGACCUAUUUAUGGACUGUCAGAGCAGGAAUUAAAAACACUUAAGCAGUAUAUUGAAAAACAUUUAGAGAAGAGGUUUAUUAGAUACUCAAAAUCCCCAGCUGGGGCCCCCAUUCUCUUUGUUAAAAAGAAGGACAGUCAAUUUCUUAGGAUACCACAUUAUCCAAAAGGGGAUCCAAAUGGAUAA